UGUUGGCCCCGUGAGUUGGGGGUCUGAUGUGGUCUCUUGUUGGCCCCUUGAGUUGAGGUUCUGAGUUGGUCUCUUGUUGGCCCUGUGAGUUGAGGGUCUGACGUGAUCUCUUGUUGGCCCUAUGAGUUGAGGGUCUGACGUGAUCUCUUGUUUGCCCCGUGAGUUGGGGGUCUGCAUGCUCUCUUGUUGGCCCCGUGAGUUGGGGGUCUGAUGUGGUCUCUUGUUGGCCCCGUGAGUUGAGGUUCUGAGUUGGUCUCUUGUUGGCCCUGUGAGUUGAGGGUCUGACGUGAUCUCUUGUUGGCCCUGUGAGUUGAGGGUCUGACGUGGUCUCUGUGCUGCUGCAGGGUUAUAAAGGAGCUCAGAGGGCCUUCAUCGCCACCCAGGGGCCAAUGCUGCACACGGUGGGCGACUUCUGGGACAUGGUGUGGCAGGAGAGGAGCAGCGUCAUCGUCAUGGUAACCAGGCUGAAGGAGAACAAUGAGAAGUGCGAGCUGUACUGGCCCCAGCCGAGGGAGAGGAGGAGCAGGGUGAAGGAGGAGGAGGAGGAGGAGGGAGAGACGGGACAGUUCGGCAGAUUCGUCCUCCGAGUGAAAGACAGUCGAGAGAAAGACGGGUUCACCGUCACCGACAUGGAGAUCCAG